GAGGGGCUCGAGUUCCGCGUCGUCUCGCAGAGCUGACUCUGGGAAGCGUUUGGGCCCAGAGAAGUGGAUCGGCAGCUUGCGCCGCAUGGAGUCCGAAUCGGAAACCGGGGCUGCUGCUGACACCCCCCCACUGGAGACCCUAAGCUUCCAUGGCGAUGAAGAGAUUAUCGAGGUGGUAGAACUGGAUCCCGGUCCGCCGGACCCGGCAGAUGAUCUGGCCCAGGAGAUGGAAGAUGUAGACUUUGAGGAAGAGGAAGAAGAGGAGGAGGGCAACGAGGAGGGCUGGGUGCUGGAACCCCAGGAAGGGGUGGUCGGCAGCAUGGAGGGCCCAGAUGAUAGCGAGGUCACCUUUGCGUUGCACUCAGCAUCAGUGUUUUGUGUGAGCCUGGACCCCAAGACCAACACCUUGGCAGUGACGGGGGGUGAAGAUGACAAAGCCUUCGUGUGGAGGCUCAGUGAUGGCGAGCUGCUCUUUGAGUGUGCAGGCCAUAAAGAUUCUGUGACUUGUGCUGGUUUCAGCCAUGACUCCACCCUAGUGGCCACAGGAGACAUGAGUGGGCUCUUGAAAGUGUGGCAGGUGGACACCAAGGAGGAGGUCUGGUCCUUUGAAGCAGGCGACUUGGAGUGGAUGGAGUGGCACCCGCGUGCACCUGUCCUACUGGCGGGCACAGCUGACGGCAACACCUGGAUGUGGAAGGUACCGAAUGGAGACUGCAAGACCUUCCAGGGACCCAACUGCCCAUCCACCUGUGGCCGAGUCCUCCCAGAUGGGAAGAGAGCUGUGGUUGGCUAUGAAGAUGGCACCAUCAGGAUCUGGGACCUGAAGCAGGGAAACCCCAUCCAUGUACUAAAAGGGACUGAGGGUCACCAGGGCCCUCUGACCUGUGUUGCCACCAACCAGGAUGGCAGCCUGAUCCUAACUGGCUCUGUGGACUGCCAGGCCAAGUUGGUCAGUGCCACCACUGGCAAGGUGGUGGGCGUUUUCAGACCCGAGACUGUGGCCUCCCAGCCCAGCCUGGGGGAGGGGGAGGAGAGCGAGUCCAACUCAGUGGAGUCCUUGGGCUUCUGCAGUGUAAUGCCUCUGGCUGCUGUUGGUUACCUGGAUGGAACUUUGGCCAUCUAUGAUCUAUCUACGCAGACCCUCAGGCACCAGUGUCAGCACCAGUCGGGCAUCGUGCAGCUGCUGUGGGAGGCAGGCACAGCUGUGGUUUAUACCUGCAGCCUGGAUGGCAUUGUGCGCCUUUGGGACGCUCGCACCGGCCGUCUGCUCACCGAUUACCGGGGCCACACAGCUGAGAUCCUGGACUUUGCUCUUAGCAAAGAUGCCUCCCUGGUGGUGACCACAUCAGGAGACCAUAAAGCAAAAGUAUUUUGUGUCCAGAGACCUGACCGCUAAAGGCUGCUGCCUCUGGCUUUGUGUCUGGUGUUGAGGGGGAUGGAGGGCGUCCCCCUCCCCACCAGCAGAGGCAGUAGGGUACCUGGGGGAGAGGAGGGGAGGGGCCUUGGACUACUUUCAACCCCUUCAAACUGACUUGCCCCCUCCCUGUCCCUUUCUUCUCUUUAGAGACCCACCCCCUCAGGCCCCUCCCUCCUUGCCCCUGCCCAGACCUGGCAGGUCCUUCAGAGGGAGUCUCUGAUCUCUUUCACUUUCCUUUGCUGGUGUGAGCCAUGGGGAUGUGUAUUUGUAUGUGGGGAGUAGGUCUUUGAGGUUCUCUUCCUUUCCUUUCCCAAGUCUUUGGGGGUGGAAAGGAAGAAGAGAUACUAGUUACAGAUUUUAAAAAUGUAAAUAAAAUAUACUUCCCAGA